AUGGACGACCUUUGCACUCUCGACCGCGAUGCCCUUGCCAUCGAACUAGCCGUAGCUGCAGACUACAAAAUACUCCCAGUAACCCCGUCCGACCACCUCAUUCCUCGACUACCAUACAGGUUCGCGCCAGUCACAUCGAGUAUAUCCGUUCCGCCCUCAUCCCAAAGCGCUCGCGCAAGUCCAGACACGAAAUCAUCCCGGGAGCCCGACUCUCCCGUCGUCCCUCCCGCGCGGCCCAGCAGCACGCCCUACCCCUUCACCGACACCAAGGAAGCUGCAGACUCUAGCACACUGGAUUUUGCCCUUGCCCUUGCCCUUGACCAUAUUACCACAUCUCCAUCUGCCGACGAGACUUAUAAACAGAGACGACCGGCCGCACACUUCUCUCGUCUGCCCAUCGAGAUCCACGAAGCCAUCUUGGACCAUUUACUCGGAGUCAGUCCCAAAAUCUGCCCCAGGUCUGGCCUGUGGUCGCCUAAUGCAGCUGGUAGCUUGGGAACGUCGCUGCGCUCCUCGAGGAGACGGGAAAUGACACGCUUGGCGCUCAUCAGCCCCACCUGGCGAAUCUUGGUGCAGCAGAGACUCUAUCGACAUCUCAAAUUGAAAGGCACCGUCGGCUCCAUUAACCAGGCCAUUGUUCAUUUCGCCGGUCCAGGCCAGCAUCUUGCCGACCAUGUCAGACAUAUUGAGAUCUGGUUCCCAGUUUUUCAGCCAAGCCACGGACCUCUGGCACUUUCCGAUACCUUCCUGCUGCCCGUGAUCCUCACCGAUGAUCUGUCGGCUGCGUCCUAUGCCCUCGCAGGGAACAACUGCACCCUCGAGGAUGUCUUCAAAUUUGUAUCUUUUGUCUUGCCCCGGACGAGGGUUCUUACACUAGAGGGGGGUGAACGUCGAAAAGCGCCUCAGGUUGUCCACUUCAACUAUAAUCGCCGUUGCCUCCACCCAGAGCCAACUCUCCCCCUCAUACCCUCCGUAACGACCCUCGUCACUAAAGGCCAAUGGAACCUGAUGCGAGACCAUUCUGAUUUUGUUUCCAUCCUUGGAGCUCUUCCCAAUUUAGAGGAAUGGCAAGGCGCUUACAGCAAGCCCAAGUCAAAGAGCUACAUUACUGUUUCUGGAUUCAUGCCGUUCAUUCCGGCGAGUAUCAAGCAUCUUAGCCUGUGCCUCGAAAACGAUUACAGGCGGGAAGCCGUGGUUCCGGCGUUUUAUGCCAAAGCAUCUCACCAGACACAUAUAUGCGCAGUCCUCGGAAAUAUCAUACCGAGGCUCGAGCAGUUUUCUUACACUGGGCGCAUCUGCCAUCACUUUUUCCAGGUGGCCAGUCAGAGCGCCGUUGCACCAAGUCGACUCCGGUCCAUUGACAUCACUCUUAAGAAUUGCUGUCGUCACUCCAACAUCUUCUCCGACUCGGGCUCCGGUAUUCAAGAUAUGGGAUUCAUCGAGGCCUUUGAAAAGCUCGUCAUUUCUGGCAUCAGAUCUUUGGCUCGAUUCCAGCGCGUUGAAUAUCUCCGAAUUCGGUUCGUCGAUCUAGACUCAAUUAUUCCCGCAUUAAACCCAUACUUUUUGUUUCAACGCGGCGAAUGCAGCGGAGUCUGGAGCAGGGACAUUUGUAACGAAAUGGCCACGGCUCGCCCAACCGCCAAAUUCCGGGAUUUGAGCGAGAAUUUUGGCUACAUUUCCUACGGAAAAGACGGACGAAUCCUCAUUUCACCCGAGAACCCGCGUGCGCGCAUCACCUCCCUCAAAAUUUCCAAUUACCAAAUAUUUUCAACCCGCACGGUGAUUCUGUGA